CGCUGCCAUGACGUGAACAUCGCGGACCGUCACGGUGUCACACACAGCCGAUAACAUCACUGCAGCAUGACGGCGGAGUCGCAGCACUCGCCAGCCGAGGCCACCAGCCCCGUGGGGGUGUCUCCGAACGUGAGCCUGGACUCGCCGAUCCCGCCGCCGAUCAUCCUGCUGCAGACCGAGGACGGGGUGCUCGUCAAGUCCGAGCCGCAGGGCAGCAGUCCGAUCACGGACCGGGAGGACGGAGCGGCGCUUGCGCAGCCCGAGGAGCAGCUGCCCCAGACGGGCGGCCGCCGCAGGAAGAGGCCCGUGCAGCGCGGGAAACCGCCGUACAGCUACAUCGCCCUCAUCGCCAUGGCCAUUGCCAACUCCCCCGAGCGGAAGCUCACCUUGGGCGGCAUUUACAAAUUCAUCAUGGAACGUUUCCCUUUCUACCGGGAGAACUCGAAGAAGUGGCAAAACUCGAUCCGCCACAACCUGACUCUGAACGACUGCUUCGUGAAGAUCCCGCGGGAGCCCGGCAGACCGGGAAAGGGCAACUACUGGACUCUGGACCCGGCGGCCGAAGACAUGUUCGACAACGGCAGCUUCCUGCGCAGGAGAAAGAGGUUCAAACGAACAGAUGUGAGCACCUACCCGGGCUACAUUCAGAGCUCGAGCGCGUUCACGCCCACGCCCAUGGGCCGCCCCGUGUACCCGAACACGCUGUACCCGGGCAUGGGCUCCGGCUACGGCUCUCAGCUGGCGGGCUCUGCGCACCCAGUGAUGCUGCACCACUACCAGGCCGGGGCCGGAGUUGUGCAGGGGCAGCACAGGAUGUUCAGCAUCGAUAACAUCAUCAGCCAGCAGACGGCGAUGCAGGCUGGGGCAGCAGGGGACAUGAACCCGCAGACUUUGGGCUUGGGCGGAGGGGAGCUGGGUGCCAUGGCGACGAGCUGCGCCGUGAGCGCCCCCGACGCCUCCUCGUGCUUCCAGGCUCAGACUGUAAACCCCACGACCACUGUGAUCGCAGCCUACCCAUACUGCUCCUCGACCUCCCCCCCGCAGGCCGGUUUCUCCUCGGGUGGCUCUCAGGUGUACUGUCCCGGGAACAGGAUACCCCUGCAGGCUGUGCGCUCGGGCUCGUGCGCGGAGCCCGCGGAGCAGCUCCUGGGGCUGUCGGCCCCCACCGUGAACUCGUACAACAACUCCUACAUGAGACAGUCCAACUUCGGCUCGGGGAUCGAGCGCUACAUGUGA